CAACGUGAAAAUUCGAAAAAACAUUAAAGUAGUGGGGUAGGAUAGAAAUACACAUCGGUCGACUCACUCUUUGAUCCUGAUUCCGAAUAUGAUAUUUUUAUUGUUUAAAACUUGAGUUCUGGUCGAGAAAAUUGUGAAGUACGGGCAGAAUUCUGACUUUUUCGCCUCUGAUUUAGAAAAAAUGAUUUUUUUUUUGCCAUAUUCUAAUUCAGUUUUUGACGCUGAACAAGAAUAUGUAUGUUGAAAAAGUUAAAGUUGUAAUCAUAUUUGGAAAAUUCAACGUUAAAAAAAGGAGACGAAAACUCGAUUUUUCGACCGGAAGGAAACCUAAACAAAUUCAGGGAGCACAUAUUCGUGAUCACCAUUAAAUUCUCUAUCGAAUGGUGUAUAAAACAACGAAAAAUAAAUUCCACUAUUUCUUUGCUUUCCGUGCAUGUUACGUGAAAAGAUAAGUUUGCUUUGCAGUUUUUCUGCAAAAGUAAACUCAUUCUUUCUGUUCUAUUAGGUUGGCAACAAACUUUUUGCGUCUUAUCUAUAGAUGGAGGAAAGAAAAAACGCAAAAACUUUCUUGCCAACCUAAUAUAUACUAGACAACGACUGAAGUUGUUGAAAUGUAAUUGUACACAGAUCAAUCUAAAAUGGAUAUUGAUUAAUAUUUAUAUAUCAGUCAUGUAUGUAAUUGCACUAAUCACUAGUGACACAUAACCAACUUCAAUCGUUGUCUAGAACAGAAAAAAUGAGUUUACUUUUGCAGAAAAACUACAAAAGUAAACUUAUUUCAUUCUUUUCAUGUAUCUAGUCAAAAUUAGUUGUGUAUAUUUUCUAGCUACGGUUAUAAUACUUUCUAGUAUUUAAAUUUUAACUCGUUUAUCAAUGACUAUUUAGAUAUCGUAUGGAUACUUGUCAGCUGCUUUAGCAAAUGGGUAUAUAUAAAUGCAGAUAUAUACUGUUUAGGACUAGGAUAAUUUCUAAGAACUGAUCGAUGGAUUUCUUACUAGUUAGUCGUCAUAUGUGCAGCGCUCUUUUUUUUUUCAUGUUAAGAGAUUCCGUUAUUUUAAAGAGAACUGGUUAUUAAUUAGAGUUCUUUCAAAUAACGAGUGACUAGUUCUCGUUAAAAAGAACUGAACUGGCACUGUGGUAUCCAUAAUACAGGUUACUUAAAACUUUCUGUUCGUUUUUGUGUAUCUGUCGAAUUGAUGUUGCUACUACAACGAAACUAUUUGCAAGCGAAGAAGCUAAAGUAACGAUCAGUAACAGGAAAAAAGAGAAUAUUAGAAAAGUGGAGUGUAUAUAUAUAUAUAGCUAAAAUAAUUGUGACUAUUUUAGAUAAGAUUGUUUGUGUGUUAAAAUGAUUGAAGACGAAGUAUUAACAUUACCGACAAAACGAAAUAUCGUUCUUGAUCAACAAGAACGUGUAGUAAAUGAAAUAGCAAAUCAAGGAAGACAAUUGAAUGAAAAUGGAAGUGGUGCAAAUAUUAGUAUUCCUACUAGUGUUGUUGAAACAGUUGAAAUGGAAGAUGAUACCGUCGCAGAAGACCAAACUGCAUUAUUAGCUGAAUUUGAAAGACGUCGACGGGCUCGUCAAAUUCAUGUAUCAACAGAUGAUGUUGAAGUUAAAGCAAAUUUAAGACAGUUGGCUGAACCAAUUUGUUUAUUCGGAGAAGGACCGGCUGAACGACGUGAAAGAUUGAGAAAUUUAAUAUCACGUUUAACUGACGAUGAAAUAGCACAAAAAUUACGAAAAAAAGAGGAAGAAGAGAAAAAAGAAGAAGAUGCUAAAGAAGAAGUAACAUGGUACCAUCAAGGAGCAGAUGAAUUGCAGACUGCACGUGUGUGGAUUGCUCAAUAUUCAUUACCAAGAGCAAAAGAAAGAAUUCAAAAAUUAAAAGAAUAUGUUGCUAUUCCAGAAGUUUUUCGAACAGCAAAAAUACAAGAUUUAUAUAGACGUUUAAGAGCAACAUCUCUUCAUUGCAGUCAACUUGGUGAUAAUCGUCCAUUAUCUUAUUGUGAAUUUAGUCCAAAUGAUCAGAUGUUGGCUGUUUCGUCAUGGAGUGGUUUGUGCAAGUUAUGGUCAAUUCCAGAUCUUAGACUGAUAAGAACAUUGAGAGGACAUAGUAUCAAUGCGUGUUCUAUAACAUUUCAUCCACAAGCAACGUUAACACAAGAUCCGUUAAUGAUCAAUUUGGCUAGUAGUUCAUUUGAUGGUGGCGUCAAAUUGUGGAACUUAGAAAGUGAUGAACCUAUAGCUGAAAUUGAAGGUCAUGCUCCUUUUCGAGUUUCACGUGUUAAAUUUCAUCCAUCUGGUCGCUUUCUUGCUUCGUGUUGUUAUGAUCACAGUUGGCGACUAUGGGAUUUAGAAACACGAGAUGAAAUUUUACAUCAAGAAGGACAUUCACGUGCUGUACAUGACGUUUGUUUUCAAUGUGAUGGCAGUUUAUGUGCAACAGCUGGAAUGGAUUCUUAUGGACGAGUUUGGGACCUUCGUACAGGUCGUUGUAUUAUGUUUAUGGAGGGUCAUCUAAAACCAGUUUUAACGGUCGAUUUUUCUCCUAAUGGAUAUCACAUAGCAACGGGUGCUGAAGAUAAUUUGUGUAAAAUAUGGGAUUUACGUCAAAUAAAAAAUGUUUACAGUGUAGCUGCACAUCAAAAUUUGGUUUCUGCGGUCAAAUUUCAAAGAACAGAAGGUCAUUAUCUCGUUACUGUUUCAUAUGAUAAUACCAUUAAACUUUGGAUGCACCCUGUUUGGUCAGCAUUGAAAUGUUUAACAGGACACGAACAAAAAAUUAUGUCAGCUGAUUUGUCAACCGAUGGAAAAUGGAUUGCAACGUGUUCCUAUGAUAGAACAUUAAAAAUAUGGUCACCCGAACUACCUAAUUAA